AUGGACCUCCGGAAUCCAUAUGACUUUUUGGACGAUGAUGAGUAUGAAGAGUGGAGAAAUGCUUCUUUGAGAGGUAAGAUAAAUGCUUCUCUGUUGAGCUUGAAACAUUUAAAUUACCUGGACUUGAGCCUGAAUUCGUUUGAUAGCAUUCAAAUUCCUAAGUUCAUUGGGGAGCUUAAAAGUUUGCAAUAUCUCAAUCUCUUCUAUGCGUCAUUUAGAGGAGAGAUUCCAUCUUCUCUUGGUAACCUGUCAAGCCUAAAUUUUCUUGAUCUCGGGUGGAACGGGAAUGGGUUUGACUUAUCUUCCAAAAAUUUGAAUUGGCUUUCUCACCUCACUUCCCUGAAAUACAUUAAUCUCAAUGGCGUUGAUCUUAGCAGCACAAGAGUCAGUUGGGCAUAUGAUAUUAACAUGCUUCCUUCAUUGUUAGAGUUACAUUUAUCUUCGUGCAAAAUUGAAAGCAUUCCACUCUCACUGCAGAGCAUUAACUUCCUUCCACUUUCACUACAGAGGAUUAACUUCACAUCACUGUUGGUCAUUGAUAUGUCGUUUAAUGGCAUUAAAAGUUCUUCAUUUCCCGACUGGUUUUUUAAUCUUACCAACCUCGUAACACUUGAUCUAUCCUGGAAUGAUUUCUGGGAUUCUUUUCCAAGUGAAUUUUCAAACUUCAAAUCUCUGCAAAACCUUGAUUUAUCUCAUACAGGCUUAAAAGGUCAAAUUCCUAAAGUCAGUGGAAAUUUGUGCAAGUUAAAAGUCUUAAGUCUUUCAGGGAACAAAUUUGAUGGGGGGAUUGAAGAGUUCUGGAGGAGUCUCUCAAAUUGUCCAAGUAAUACAUUAGAGUCACUAGAUUUGUCUUAUUGCCAGCUUGAAAGCCAAUUGCCGGUCUUUUUAGGAAUGUUCAAAAGUUUGCAGAAUCUCAACCUUGGAGAAAACAAUUUGUGGGGCUCAAUUCCAGAUUCCAUCGGAAACUUGUCAUCCUUGAGAACACUAGCCCUCAAUUCUAAUAAUUUGUCGGGCUCAAUUCCAGAUUCCAUCGGAAACUUGUCGUCCUUGAGAACACUAGACCUCAGUUAUAAUAAGAUGAACGACUCAAUUCCAGAAAGUAUUGGACAGCUCUAUGAGCUAGUUUCCCUACUUCUGCUUGGUAACUCAUGGGAAGGCAUUCUAACGGAAGCCCAUUUCAUAAAUCUUACCAGAUUACAAGAUUUUCAAGUUGGAAAUAUAAACCGACCCACGUCCCUCAUUCUCGACGGGGCUUAUGACAUGGUUCCUCCUUUCAAGCUCUUCACAAUUUAUAUCAUAAAUUGUCGGAUAAGUCCUGGUUUUUGGGUAUGGCUUCAAACUCAAACUGAACUGUCUGAUGUUGCCCUUAUGGGUAAUGGAAUCUCGGAUUCCAUACCAGAGGAAUGGUUGUUGAAGAUAUCUUCCCAAUGUGGCUAUCUAGACUUGUCUUACAACCACUUUCGUGGAAACUUUCCAUCCCAUUUAAAAUUUCCAAAUUUAACGUAUAUUGAUUUGAGUCAUAAUCAGUUGGAGGGCCCUCUACCACUUUGGUGUUUCCCUAAUGUUGAUUCCCUUUAUCUAGAAGGUAAUUUAUUUUCUGGGCCAAUCCCCUCAAAUAUUGACCAAAUGAUGCCCAAGUUGGAAGAAUUGUUACUUGAUGAGAAUCAUUUGAAUGACACUAUUCCUCCCUCUAUUUGUAAGAUGCAGAAGUUAAAAAUCUUGUCUCUAAGGAGCAAUCAGUUUUCGGGAGAACUCCCUCAUGCAUGGAAUAUGGAGAGCAUUAUGGUGUUUUUAGAUGUUGGUCAAAACAAUCUGUCUGGUAAGAUUCCCACUUCAUUGGGGGUACUACGUUCCCUGGAAAUUUUAAAGCUCAACGACAACAAUUUUGGUGAUGAAAUUCCUGAUGCCUUGCAAAAUUGUUCAAGUUUGAGGAGUAUUGAUCUUGGAGACAACAAGUUAUCUGGGAAAAUACCUCUAUGGAUAGGAGGGUCAAACGUAUCUAAGUUGUCUAGGGUACGAUUACGGUCCAACUAUUUUAGUGGAUGUAUUUCCCAGCAACUGUGCAAUCUUCAAGGCCUUCACAUCCUCGACCUUAGUCACAACAGCCUUUCAGGUACUAUUCCCAUGUGUUUGGAUAACUUAACUUCGCUAGUCAAUGAUGAUUCUUAUGUAGAACGUUAUGAUGGGUUUGAGCAAGCCACACUGACACUAAAAGGAGAAGAACUUGUGUACAACACAACUCUAUAUCUUGUAAAGAGCAUUGAUCUUUCAUCAAACAAUUUAAAAGGUGAAAUCCCUGAAGAAAUAAGCAGCCUCAUUAUGUUGGGCACCUUGAAUUUGUCCAUGAAUCAAUUAAUUGGAAAGAUCCCUUCCAAGGUCGGAAACUUGCGUUGGCUUGAAACUGUUGAUCUCUCACACAACCACCUUUCGGGACAGAUUCCUCAAAGCUUGUCAUCUUUAACCUCUUUGUCCCACCUGGACUUGUCUUACAACAACUUGUCUGGAAGAAUUCCUACUGGAAACCAGCUUCAAACGCUCAAUUUUUCGUCCAUUUAUGUGGGCAAUCAAUGGUUAUGUGGCGUUCCUCUCUCAACUAAGUGCCCUGAAGAUGACCCUUUUAUUGCUAAGGAUGCAAAGGAGGAGAAUGAAGAUGGAAAGGAUAAGUUGUGGCUCUAUGUCAGUGUGGUACUUGGCUUUAUCGUAGGCUUUUGGGGCGUUUGCGGCACAUUGAUCUUAAAGACAUCGUGGAGCUCCGGCCCCAGGUGCGUGCAGGCGAUGUGGGCCUGGUCAACGAUGUCUUCAUUCACAGUUCCGGACAACAGUUCUGAACCUCUGGCGAUUCCGACUGAGAAAGAGGUCAAUAACAGCAAGGUUCGUGAUGAAUUUUGGGUUUGUAACUUGUCACAGGAAAAGGAAUACAGAGAUGCACUUGAGGCUUUCAAUGAAAAGAACAUAGAGAAAGUGCAACUUAUCACAAAGCUAAGGGAGCUGGUGAGCGAAAGUGAGAAGACGAGGAUGAAGAAGCUGGAGGAGAUGAGCAAGAACAUAGAAGCGUUAAAGUGA